UCUGCCACAUCCUCCGCCUCCGCCGCUGUCGCUGCUGGCGUCAGCCGAGGGAGUCCGCGCCGCCAUAUUGGAGGAGACGCCGCCGAAGUCGCCCCCGCCGCCCCGGCCGCUUUGAGUUCCGCAACAGGCGGAACCGGCCCGCCCAUCCCGUCCCUGGCCUGCCGGCGACGGCGGGCCUGCGCCCUGCCUGUGGGAACGGAGGGAAAAGGCCGCGGCCUCCCGGGGCUCCUGCCGCUUUCCUCCCGCCGAGCGGGGCCCUCCGGGGUCGCAGGCUACGUUCUCUUGCCGCCGCCGCCGCCGCCGCCGCGCCAUGACUUCGCUGACCCAGCGCAGCUCGGGCCUGGUGCAACGCCGCACGGAAGCUUCGCGCAGCGCGGCCGACAAAGACCGGGGGGCCGGCGGCGGCAGCGGCGGGGGAGGCGGCGGCGGUGGGCCAGAGGAGGAAGGCCGGCGAGACGAGCAGGGGGAAGAGGAGAAGGGGGACUCCAAGGAAACGCGGCUCACGCUCAUGGAGGAGGUGUUGCUGCUGGGCCUCAAGGACCGGGAGGGUUAUACAUCAUUUUGGAAUGAUUGCAUUUCAUCCGGGCUCCGUGGUUGCAUGUUAAUUGAAUUGGCACUGAGGGGGCGUCUUCAGCUUGAAGCAUUUGGAAUGAGACGUAAAAGUUUGCUAACUAGAAAGGUGAUCUGCAAAUCAGAUGCUCCUACAGGAGAUGUUCUACUUGAUGAAGCUUUGAAGCACAUUAAAGAGACUCAGCCUCCAGAAACCGUGCAAAACUGGAUAGAACUGCUUAGUGGUGAGACAUGGAAUCCAUUAAAAUUGCAUUACCAGUUAAGAAACGUCCGCGAACGGUUAGCCAAAAACCUAGUUGAAAAGGGGGUUUUGACUACGGAGAAACAGAACUUUCUCCUCUUUGACAUGACCACGCACCCCCUCACCAACAACAACAUUAAGCAGCGCCUCAUCAAGAAAGUUCAAGAAGCUGUGCUUGACCGAUGGGUGAAUGACCCCCACCGCAUGGACAAGCGCUUGCUGGCUCUCAUUUACUUAGCCCACGCAUCAGACGUCCUGGAGAACGCUUUUGCCCCCCUUCUGGAUGAGCAGUAUGACCUUGCCACAAAGAGGGUGCGGCAGCUCCUGGAUUUAGACCCUGAAGUCGAAUGUACGAAGGCCAACACAAAUGAGGUUCUCUGGGCUGUUGUAGCAGCCUUCACAAAAUAAGUACAAUCAGACUGCUCAAACAGUUCCCCCCCCCCCCUUCAUUUCAUGUAAAUUGGUUAAUCUUCUCUUGAUGAUUCAUAUUUUCUGUCAUCUGUACCUCCCCUUUUGUGAUGAAAAUCGGCUCCUGUUCAUAAGAAUGGUAGGUAAUGUGUUCUGGGUCCCCAUACAUCCGCCCCCCCCCCCCCCCCCCCCCCCCCCCCCAUGUGUGUCUACUACAGGAUUCUGCUGGUGCAAGAAAGCUACUUCCUGUUGUUAAACUGGUGGGCUGUCAUAUUGUCAUUCUGUUUUAUAUCCAAUUUAAGUUACUUUAGAUUUCUAUUGUGUGCUUCCUUUUCUUCCUCUGGAAUGCUGUUGUACAAAGAGAAACCACUUCCCAGGAGAGAAGCAAGAACCUAGUUUCCAGCGGAUUUAGCUCUAUAAUAUGCCUCAGCAGCAGAGCGUUAUGGACUUAAAAACCGUAAAAGGAUUUUGACAUCCCAAAGUUUAGCUACAUUGAAAUCUGGAGAAAGUGGUUUUACAGGCACUGUCAAGACACUUGUGUGAGACACUCGUAUAGAACCUACUUAGCUGAAUGAAUCUGAGAUAAGCAUCAAAGCAAUACUUGGUGAAAUAUAUUUUCUUUCUUUAUUGAAGUUUAGAUGUGUUCAAAUAAUUCUGAAACCUUGAAUAUCCCAAGAUGGGCUCAGUAACGUUUGCAUAUUGCUGCCCAUGAAAAACUAUAUUAACUUUAUGCUUUUGGGGUUUUUUAAUUUUCCCCUGCAAAACAACACUCUGAAAUCUCAGAUUAGUGCAGAAAGGCCCAGUUGUUUCACAAAAAGCUUUUAUGAUGGGAUACAUUCCAAUGUUGCCUGUACAUAGUAAGAACUGUAUAUUAACACGCGAGCACAUGAAAUGAUUUUAGUAAAAUUCUAAAUGUCAAUGGAUGGGACACACCUGGCAUUCCAUUUAUUUGCUUUUUUCAGCUGCUGCCUUCCCUUCUCCCCCUGCCCUGUUUUGGGAAGCUGGGCCUGCUAUAAGUGAGUGAGUGAACAUGUGUGAUUCUUUGAACCUGCCUGGGCUUUGUGCCAUCCAGGUACAAUCUGCCUAUGCAUUGCCUUGAUAGUAUUUGUAGUAUGAUAAAACUACGUUAUUAUGGUUUUUUUAAAUCUUAUUUUCAGAAGAGGCUUGUGACCAGUAAAAUUCUUUGUGCAGUUUUCGGCUUUAGUUUAUUCACAACCUAAUACUGUACUAUGUCUCAUGUCAUUAAUCUACUUAACACUUCAAAAAAAUCAGCUUUCAAUCUUAGCAAGUAUUGCAUGUAAAUUGUUAGCGGGUGAAUACUACAGUUACACCAAUGAAGAGUUCUGUAGUAGGACACUUUACUAUGUUUAAUUUUUAUAUACAAUUAUGCUGAUUAGCACAUUAUUGUAAAAUAUAUAAACUGGCUUUUUAAAGUUUAUUACCUCUUUACUGUUGCUUGUCCUUGCUUCACAAUGUAAAUAUUAUGCGUUGAACAAAUUAAAAACUGGCUUUCCCCCCCUUUUUGGUUCAAAUAACAGAACACAUUAAUAGUGGGACUGGUAUCUAGAGAUUUUUCUUUAACACUGAAACAGAGAAUACUAAAUGAUAUAACUGUAGUUGAAAGUAAAGGGAAUUCCCAAUCUGUAUACUAGCUUUUUACCUAUGGUAAAUAAACCUAUGAUCUUGAAAGUGCCUGAAACAGAGCAAGCAUAUAAUUUUGUAUUUUGUGUUCUUAAUUCUGAUUUUUCAGUUAUUUCUCCUAUGUAGAAUUGGAAACUACUGUAAUCCUUUAGGGUCUGGGGAUUUCUUGCAAACAAAGAAUGGAUGCAUCAGCUUUUCAUCUUGCAAGGAUGAAACUUGUCUCUGAUUAGAUCAGUUUCUUCUAACUAUCCAGCUUGGUGAUAAAUAGAAACCUUUUUUUGAUCUGAACUUUUUUAUCACAGUACUUAACAAUAAGAAGUAAUAUCUUAAGUUUUCUGGAGUGAUUCUUUAAUUGAACCAGCAGAUGGUGUCUCUUCCUUCAGAAAAUAUUAUGGCACAAGAAGCUGACAGUUAUGGACUGUGCUAUAGGAUUGAAUUCCUGGUAUCUAAAAAAAGGGGGGUUAGAAUCCAAUGCUGUGAAAUGUUUUCAUUUGUUCUACGGUUUUGAGACAUAAUUACAUAUGUCACAGUUUUGAGGUUUUUUGCAAUAUCCAUAGUCAUGUAAACUGAAUAAUAUGUGCAUUUAAUAAUUACUCAGCUUUGCCAAAUGUUUUCUAACUGAUGAAAAUGAAGUUACAGAAGUGGUUCAGAAUAUUUUCAGCGUCACUUUUCAGGAAAGUUGGUCCAAGAAGGACAAGAGUAACUUGACUAAGCCCAGUGUCACAACUAUGACAUUGUUGAUGUCACAACGAUGGAUAAAUUGCAUAAAAAUUGGGAUUACAAUCCUCAUCAUCAAUUCCAAUGAAUGUCAUAUAGGUUAAAUUGGUGUUGGACUGGAUUAAAUAAAACAUUUUUUGCUAAAGUCAUCUAGAAUAAGAAACCAUCAUUUCCAAUAGGAAGGAUUCGAGAAUGGCUAGUUCAGAGUCAUAGAAUACUUUUGCUUUCCUGAAGCCAAGAGGAAUUACAUGCUCUCCUAGAAAAGCAUUUUUGGUGCGCAAAGGACGUGUAAUUCUGAGUAUCUAAACUUGUCUAUUGUAUCCAAUUAUACAAACUGAAAAUUUUAGUGGGAGCAUAAAUGAUUUCAAUAAGCUUUCGGGAAAUAACACCAUCCUUUGCUUUCCUAUAGAAAAUCUUUUUAUUAUCCAAAACAGCUCUAAUGGUUGGUUUUGUUUCAGCUCUAACUAAUGCUAAAGCAAAGGUUAUGUCUAUGACCACCAUAGAGUAAGUGCAAAGAAGAUUUCUCACCUGCAUACAGUCAUAUUUACAGCAUUAUUAGGAUUCAUACAGUUCCCUUGUUGAAUACUUGAAGGUAUUUCACAGGGUUGUUUUUUUUAAACUAAAAGCUCUAGUUAAUUAGUGAUACUUUAAUCAUGUCAAAAUAUUUUUAAACAUUGGAAAUAAGCCAGCUGAAUAAAUCUUAGCCCAUUUGCGAUAAGCUGAGAUGUUGUUAAUUGGUGGCUGGUUGCUAGACUUUUGAGAACUGUCUGCAAGUUGAAAUGCCUGCUCAGACAUGUAUUUUAACAGGUGAGUGGGCUGUGUGAAUGACCUUGUGAGUGUCACUAAUAAUGAUCUAAUCUUAGAGAGUUCAUGACAGUUGCUGAGAUCGAGAACUGGUCUCUUGUGCUAAGCCCGAUAUAUUUAAUGGUGAAUGUUCAGGAUUUCACACACACCCUAAGACUAUUUACUCAGUGAAUAGAUUUAAGACUUGGAUACCCACCAUAAUGUAGGUCAUUGAAUAAUACUAUACAUCAUAUUUCCCAGGAGAUUAAGAAUUAAACUGAACGUAGAUGCAGCAAUGUCCUAUUUUCCACAAGCGAGUUGAAAGCGUGUUCCUUUGUGUUAGUUUUCUUGUUAUGGCUUUUGUAAUAAGGAAAAAA